GUAUAAAGCGUUGUACCAACGUCGCACAACACGUUAGUUGUUCGCUGAAUUCCCAGAGCUGAAGGUUGCACGUAUCGCAACGUGCGUUUUGUAUAAGUUAAAUCACGAUCAUUGAAUGCGUUGUUCCGCGGUGGAGAGAAAGAGAUACAGCAUCCCACAGACCGAUCGAACUAAUAUUGAGGUUAGGCGUCCAAAGGAAGUCGGACGUGGCGUGAUAACAUCCAUACUGUAUAUGCGUGUUUAACGUGUGAGUGUGUGUGUGUGUGUACAUGAUAAACGUUAACGAAAAGUGAAGCACCAAAAACAAAAUGAUUUCGGAACUGUUUCAAACGAUGCACAAGGCUCGCUUCAGUGGCAUCCGGAUUGUGCCGGAAAACUCACCCUCUCUACAGCAAUCGUGCGUUCGAGCGUUUGUGGAGAGUGUGCGUAAGACGAAGAACGGUGACAGCGCGGAACGGUUGAUGCAGUUGCAGUUUCUACCGGCACCGCUGCUAACACCCAUCCUGGACCGCAUGUGUCGCUAUCCGGAGUUGCGCGACAUGCUACGAGAUGAGCUCACCGAUCCGGUAGUGUUUAUGAAGCUGUUCAACGGGUACGUCCCGGACUACGAUACGCUGGAGAAGUGUUUACGAGAGGCCGCCCGUUCCUGUGGCCGGCCGGCGGUCCUGCGGGACCUUGCCAACAACUACUGUGAUAUGUUGCGCACCGAGCUGCUGCUGGUGUUACACAAAGGGGAAACUCAAAAUCAAUCGAGGAUCAGGGCGCGUGUGCUGGAAUCGCUCCGCUUCGGCGACUACUUGUAUGAGGCUGGAUGGUGCCGAUGCGGGGCGGAGGUGCUAACGCUUACGAAUGAAUUGAUCGAGCUACUACCCCAACCGGGACGGCCUCUGCAGAUGGAGUGUUUGGUGAGGCUGCUGCGCGCCCAGAUCGGUGCCUGUCUGACCUCACGAGCAGCUCACACCGUACAGCGGCUGCUUACAUUCGUCGAGAUGCCGGCCGGCGAGCCCGGAGCACCGCUCCUCCCUCUAGUCAAGGCUUAUCUGCAGCUCGGCAGUUACUACUACCACGUGCAGGAUUACGACCGCUGCCAUCAGUGGGCGCUGCGAGCGCUCGCCUCCGCAGCGGAUGGUGACGCCCCGGCUAAAGGCGACGUCAUCGACGUGCUGCAGCUGAUUGCGCUCUUCUGCAUUGCGAAGGAGCGCCACGACCUUGGCAACAUGCUGAUCAGUCAAGCGGUGCAACGGGCGCGCACCGUGUACGGAAGUCUACAUCGCAAGUACGCGGACGUCCUUCAACAGUACGGGUUCGUGCUGCUGCGCAUGAAUGCCAUCCUGCCCGCCAUCACCGCGUUUACCGAGUGUCUCGAUAUUACUGGACGUGUGUACGGACUGCUCAGCCCGCACGCCGUCGUCCUCGAGGGCUAUUUGGCGCACUGUCUGUAUUUGCGUUCGCACACGACCGGUCGGUUCGAUAUGGCGCUGCGGCACGCCGAAACUGCUCUCGAUCUGGCCCGUCAACUCAUGCCGACAAGCCGGCGCGUACACCAGCAGCUGGAACACACGCGGGCUGUUAUCCUGCGCGGUCCGGACAAUCGGCGGGACACCAAAGAGAGUCAACCGUCGCGCGAACGCGACUUCCAUUCCUUUUCUCUGCGCGAGAUCAAAGAGAAGUUCUUCGAGCUGGACUCGUCCUUCGAGCGUGAUGGGCUCGCUUGCAGCGGUUAGGUUAGGUCACGCGGCUGUCGAAUUUUACCAAGCACUGUAGCAACAAUGUGUGCUCCUUUUCAAGACUAUAGGCUAGAAUUGUUUAAGUGUUCCACGUGUCGAGAGUAGCAUGUAAGAAAUUUGUGCAGCGUCACUAGCACCCUCGUGUACAACCGCUAAGGUCAUCAUGCGAGGCUACAAAAGAUUCGUCGAUUUUAAGAUGAAAAUAAAAGUAAGGUUUUUUUGUCUCUUCAAUAUUAAACAA